GAAAAUACAAUACUCUAAACUUUGAUUUAGUCAUCAUAUUCUCGUUUGGAUCACACAGUUUAUUGCAUAUCUGUAGUAUAUGAUAUAUAACCCGCCUAAAGAUGCCUGUGGUUCUUCUGUUAAUAUUCAUGCUUGGCAUCAAGCCAACAGUUGCCAGAGAAGGGACUCGAUCGUUUGGAGUCCACACAAAACCUAAUGAUCUACAAGCCGUUACGAAUUCAGAAUUAAGCAAAACAGGACACGACAGGAUUAACGAUCGUGACGCUGCUGAUUUAACAGAAGGAAAUGAGGCGAAUGAAAGUUUUAAAUCGUGUUUUAUGAGUGUAGCCAACUACAGUGCAUGGUUCUUUAAAGGUCAUCUGGAAAUAAAUGAACCUAGCUUUGUCCAGUUCAAAGUUGCUUUUUCAUUUGAAAACAUGAGUUCCCCAGUGCAACCAGAGUACAUGGAAAACGCAAUAGAACCAUAUAAAUGGGUGUGGACAUUCAAAUCGCCGAAAAACUCGUUUCCGUAUUUAAAAUAUCGAAGCGAUUUUGAUAUUUUGUCAUUUGGUCUGCUAGACGCAAAGACGACAAGGACAAAUUUAAUUCUAUAUGUGAAUGUUUCGGAUUCGGCAUGUCUGUUAAAGUUAUGGGACCAAACAACGCUCGACAGUUUUGGCAAAGCUUUGCUCGACUUGACAGUGGAUUAUUUGUCUAAACUGAACAAGUUCUACGCAUUUUCAUACUUUUGCUACCUCUCGGAGAUUCCUGGUAUAAGAGAAACACUCGGGUACCGUUUGUCUAUAUAUAUGGGUUAUCCAUUUGAGUUUGAACGAUACAAGUGUUGUAACACCUUUCUGAAAACCAAGCUAAUGAUGAAAUGCUCAAAUCCUCCGAUCAAGAGACUGAAAGAAGCCAGCCAAGCACCAUUUGCCCUCGGACUGCUUGCUUUUGCUUACUUUCCAAUUCUUCUGUUUUUGAUUGGAGGAAAACUUUUGGCGAUAAAUAGAAAAUAUGGCCGUCAAAAUAUUCCUCUACAAGAUGUCUCCACUUCCAGCUACGUCGAUAUUGACGAGUCAUACGAUAACUAUGUUUACCUGAACGACGAAUAUCCUAUCAGUUUGUUUGCAAUUAUUUGCGGUUUAUUUGGUCUGGCUCAGAAGUUUCCUCUGGCCGUUUCACGCCUUCGUAGAGCCUUGUUUAUAUUAUUAACACCAUCAGUUAUCUUUAUUUGGAUAUAUAUUUAUUAUAUAUUGUCUUAUGAACAUACGAUGGUACUUUUAAACAGAAACUGUCCAAUGUCGUACCUUUCAAUGAUCGGGGGAUUCGAGAAAAGCUUUAAGAACUUUGUGCCUCAAUUCGGGGGACCUUAUUGCUUAUUUGCCGGAUAUUAUAUCGCAAGUGUGUUUUUUCUUUUACUUCCUACAUCUCCAGAUAAAAUCAUUCAAGCUGGUACAUACAGAUACACGACUUUCGGUGAAAUUUCUCCACUGUUUUUGAAUAUAGAAACGAUAGAACAGCUUAGUCCAUACACUGUGAGACAUACCGUCGGAUACAGCCGCGUUUCACUUCUUAGUUUAUCGAUGUUCUACAUGGUUGCCAACCCCAAAUUUUGGUCCUACGCCUUUCAUAUACAAAUUAGACGAGUACGAGGCAGUGCUGGCCAGCACGGAGCAAUGUCCAUAUUAAAAGUAUUUUUCUUGCCCCUGUAUAUAGUGGUUUGUAUUGUCGAACUUGUAUUAUGCAUUAUCUAUUACGGAUUUUCUAUUGUAAAUGUUAUUGGCAUGAUUUUCAUUGGAUAUACUGUCAAUCUUUUGAAUUUUCUGUUCAACGCUCCAACAAGGCGAAUGGAAAACUCAUUUGCUUUUUUACUAUCAGAUAACAUUAUUCUAAAAGUCUUCUGCUGCUUCUUUGCUGCUGUUGCGUUUCUUUACUAUGCUAUUAGCUUCUUUUCAAUGUUUCUUACGACAUUGAUGUUAUUGUCCAAGAUAAUUCUCUUCAGCUUCCUAGCUGUAAUCACAUUUCCUUCAACUUCUUUCGGUUAUAUAUUCUUUGGUGUUGUGUUUCUAUAUUAUAUCGUCAAAAUGUGCCAGAAGUUUUCCGAUGGCUACUUUGAACUGUUAGCUGAUGCAGUGGAAGCUAGUCUGCAGCUGGAAUCUGAAGUGCAGAGGACAACAGUGAUUGAUGGCACAGUUAUUAUUGGUAUUGAAAAUCUAGUUGAAAUUUCGAAAUUUCAAGUAGGUGACAGGACGAUUAAUCUGUCCACCGAUCAGCGAAGGGCCAUAAGGGAAGGAUCACACUUAAAUCGAAGAAAACUCCAUACCAAAGACCACUCACUUGGAAUUCCGAGAGACUUGUUCAAUCUUCUGGUUAGAACAUACAGACCCGUAUAUAAAGAAGUCACGAAGGCGUUCUUAAAGAUACUGUUCAUAUUAGUGUUGAUAGAAAUUACGUUACACAUAGUUGUCGAGGACAACAAAGGACAAAGCGAGGAACUCUCUGAAGUUAUGCAUGUUGUGUUUAUCGUGGCGAUUGGAGCAUUGCCUAGAAUUCUUGAAGUUUCACUUGACAAUGUGUUUGAAUCAAUUAAGAAGGACAAAGAAAUCAGGAAAAUUAAAUCCACAAUAAUAGAAUAUUGGGAAAACAACGUACCUGUACUUCACAUAGACUAGAGAACAAAUAAUUAAAUUUAAAAAGGAAACACCAGAAUAAAGUAACAAGAGUGUGCACAUAAAACUGGUUUAAAUAUCUAUACUAAUGUUCACGUGACUUCGAAAACUAGCUGAUUUAUUACUUUUAGUUCCAUGCCUGCAGGGUAUGUUACUGAGAUGAGGUUUUCAACGCAUUCCUUCAGUUUGUGUAUUUUAUUUUACUACUGAUAUGUUAAUUCUUAUUACAAUAAAUACAUGUAAAAUAGCUAUUCAUGAUAUAUAAAACAUGUUCUUAACAUCAAUAUUGUAUUAUGGUGGUAUGUUUAUAUUUUUUAACCACAUGGUCACAUCAUAGUUCGUUUAAACCGUAAGCUGCGACCUUUUUCACUAUUCUACUUUAACAAUAGCUAAAUAAUUAGAGUGCGUUAAUUUGCAUGAUUAUCGUUCAAGAGUUACUUACCCCUUUAACACUUCUGGACACAGUUAAUCACUAAGGGUUAAGAAUGUAACAUAUUAACAAUAACUGCUUGAGGUUUAGAUUUUUAUUUCUGAAAUUAUGUUCUUUGAACCCUAUUUGUUCUUAAUUUUAUCUUAAAACAUUUUAAAGUAAAUAUAAUGCAAACCCCUGUUCCCAGAUAAAUCUAUUGUUUCUGGAUAGGACUUGAGACUGCAAUGAACAGAUCAACUAAAGUCUGUAGCCUUAAACCAUUUGAGGAACUAACUGUGUUACUGAUCUUCACGAGCAGAUAUUUGUUGUAAUAUCAUUCUAUUUAAGUUUUAUAAAACCUUUUUUUAAAUGAUUGUACACAGUCACAGGUUAACAAGUCAUAACCAUAAGUAUUGGCGAUAGUUAGUCCGACGCUAUAAGGUCACAGUUAUUCUGCCCUUCGUUAGCUACGAUCAUAGCCCAUACAAUAAAUUGUCAUAUGUAGCAUUCAAUUCUUUAUACGCAGCUGUGUUUAGUACAGAGUGUACAAUUACAUGUACACUCAUCUAUGUCGCAUUCAUCUCAAUGAACUGAGCUGUACGCUAUGUUUUGUAAUUACGUUAAUGGAAUUACUUGCUCCUCAAGAUAUCAUGAUACACUGGGAAUGGUGGCAUUGCAAAGUGUUGUGAUGCAGAAAAAACAAACGAUUUUCAACAUUUUGCUAAAGUAAAUCACCAGAUUUUCCUUUUACAACAUGAUAAAUUAACAAUAACUUCCUGCAUAUUUUACUGAAACGUUUACUGUGCAUUGUUUUUUUUAUAAUUGAAGAGGAAAUAAAGUAAAAAGAUUCUCAACGAUUCUUAACAAUGAAGAACAAUACCAUUGAUUUAUUUAUGUAUUGCUACUGAACAAGUUCAUCUAAGUGGGAGACGUGAAUAAUAAACCACAGUCAGUAAAAAGGACAUGUAUUCAAUGUCAAAACAAAA